UUUAAUGAAGCUGAAGUCCUCUGACUGUUGGAUAUUCGGCUCUUUACACGCUCUUAACGGUACAGUUUAGUGAGGUGUACAAGUGUGAGGUGAGGUGUUGUUUUUUUUUGUUGUUGUUGUUGUUUUUUCUUUUUCCUGCAGGAUGCUGCCUCGGCGGAUGCUGUGGGGCCCUGUGGGGCGUCACGUCACUCUGCGUGUGACCUACAGCACAGCAGCUCAGCCACAGCAGAAGCCAAAAAAGACCAAGUUUGGACCUCUGAGUGACCAAGACCGGAUAUUCACCAAUUUAUAUGGACGUCAUGAGUGGAGACUGAAAGGAGCAGUGAAACGAGGAGACUGGUACAAGACUAAGGAGAUAAUACUGAAGGGACCAGAGUGGAUUUUGAAUGAGGUGAAAAUCUCAGGGCUUCGGGGCAGAGGAGGGGCAGGAUUUCCCACCGGCAUGAAGUGGAGCUUCAUGAACAAACCUGCUGAUGGCAGACCUAAGUAUCUGGUGGUGAAUGCUGAUGAGGGAGAACCUGGGACAUGUAAAGAUCGUGAGAUAAUGCGUCAUGACCCUCACAAGCUGAUAGAAGGCUGUCUGGUGGCUGGAAGAGCUAUGGGAGCUCGUGCUGCAUACAUCUACAUUAGAGGAGAGUUUUACAAUGAGUCAUCAAACCUACAGGUAGCCAUUAAUGAGGCUUAUAAAGCAGGAUUAAUUGGGAAGAAUGCCUGUGGCACAGGAUAUAACUUUGAUGUUUUCGUGAUGCGAGGAGCUGGAGCCUAUAUUUGCGGUGAAGAGACAGCUCUUAUUGAGUCACUUGAGGGUAAACAAGGGAAACCCCGACUCAAGCCACCUUUCCCCGCAGACAUAGGGGUGUUCGGGUGCCCGACAACCGUUUCCAAUGUGGAGACAGUUGCUGUGGCACCAGCCAUCUGUCGCAGAGGUGGAGCCUGGUUUGCCAGCUUUGGUAGAGAGAGGAACUCUGGAACAAAACUGUUUAACAUCUCUGGUCACGUGAACAUGCCGUGCACGGUGGAGGAGGAAAUGUCUAUUCCUCUGAGAGAGCUAAUAGAGAGACAUGCAGGCGGAGUGAGGGGUGGCUGGGACAAUCUAUUAGGAGUAAUCCCAGGGGGCUCCUCCACUCCCAUCAUCCCUCGUCAUGUGUGUGAUUAUGUUUUGAUGGAUUUUGAUGAUCUGGUCCGUGCAGAGACAGCGCUUGGAACUGCUGCCCUCAUAGUCAUGGAUAAAUCGACUGAUGUCAUUCGAGCUAUUGCACGUUUGGUUGAGUUCUACAAACAUGAGAGCUGUGGCCAGUGCACCCCCUGCAGAGAGGGAGUGGACUGGAUGGAUAAAAUGAUGUGGAGGUUCGUUAAAGGAGCGGCAGCAGUUUCAGAGAUUGACAUGAUCUGGGAGCUGAGUAAGCAGAUAGAGGGACAUACCAUCUGUGCCCUGGGGGAUGGAGCAGCAUGGCCUGUGCAGGGACUGAUCCGCCACUUUCGGCCAGUCAUGGAAAGUCGCAUCGCUGAGUUUAACAAGAAAAAUCCACCAAGAGAGACACAAAUUGAGAUGAUUUGAAGCAGUACCUAUGUCAGCAUUUAGUUCCCCAUUAUGCAGCACAAAAUACGUUGAAUAUUUUAAAUACAGUUUUGGAGAAAUUGUUUAAGAUCCCACUGCAUAAACCUGACAGAUCUUCUUCCAUCACUAUAAUUAAACCAACAGUCAACAUAUUUAAA